AUGACACCCGUAUUCAAAUUGCUGCUCAUGUUUGGUACAAUGAUCAUCUCCAGCGCUCAGCCAGUGAUGCCGUCAGAGAGCUUCAGUGGCCCAGUUUUGACUUUUGCGGACAGCACAAGCCAGUGCCUGCAGUCGGAUGUGUUGAUCCUCCACACACAAGAUGCAGAAGAAGCCAAUCGUGCCCCAGUUUUGCCGCAGCCCCACAAGUUCACACCCACCGGAAUCAGGGCCACUCCGGUUGACCAGAAUGCCCUGUCAGAAGUUGAGUUUGGUGAAGUAGGAUCGAUCUGUAAGCCAAACUACCAGUUUUGCAGCCAGUCUCACAUUGAAUUUGGCACCUCCAAGGCGGCAUUUUGCCCCAUCAGUAGCAUGCCCAAGCCAGAAGGGCAUAGCCUUUUCGAGUCCACGUGCAUUCCCGGGACAAUCGUCAGAGCCGGCAGUGAAUUCAAUGUCAUGGAGCCACACGUGGCUCAGUUCACUAGCAUCCAGGUCCCUCCAGUCAACCAGAAGUUUGUGGCCGAAUCGCAGGAGGACUAUCACCUCAUGGACCCCAACCAAGCACCCGGAAUCAGGGCCACUCCGGGAAACCAGAAUGCCCUGCUCAGCGUAGAGCACCAAAGGCCACCGCAGACCCGGAUUUCUCCGUCGGUGGGACUCCAGGCCUACAUUGUGCAUCAUCAUCCGAAAAGCCAUGAGGAGGAACCCCUGAGUCUACCCACGGAGGAGGCAAGGACGCAAAGACCUAGAAGAAAAGAGAAGCGGGUUGACCCACAAACAGCCAGCGAGCGGGCACAAGCCGAGCUGAGGGACCAGUCCACAUGUGCAGAUCAGGAAUUUGUAGGACCCAAUCUAGGGUACAACUCGAACUUGGCCAAUGACCGGAACAUUGCAGUUCAGACGGAUGAUGAACAAGAUCCAGAAGAAGAAGCUGAGUCCUCAUCCAGUGAAGAUGAUCCAAGGUAUGAGGUCAAUCCGACACCUGAGGAUCUCCAUCAGUCAGGCAUGGGAGGGAUGCUUGCACGAUAUCAUGAAGACCCACCGCCGGGUGAACUUCGCAUGGCACUCAUCGAUGUAGAAUUUCCCCCCAGCCCCAAGCUGGGAUGCCGAGAUCAUACGCUCCGCAAUUUGAUUAUUCAUGACGGGGAAUACCUCCGAGUAAUUCUCCCACCUCCCAAUGAUGAGCACGAAGAUACUCCAACAAGAUGCAUUGCUAUGGCAUGCUAUCAAGGACUAGAACCCCAAUUCUUCUCUUGCUUUGGAUUCUUGGUGGAAGAGCACAACCUGUGGUCCAUGCCAAACCCAAGCCAGGUGCUAGUAGUGGAUUCCCAAGUCACAGACACGGAAGACAUGGAGGAGGACCGAAUUGAGCUGCUGCAAAGAAAGGCGAAGCGCCGCGAGCAGUUGCUGACGCCCCUUCAACAGGAAGGAAGUAGGUCAUUCCUUCAUUUGCACAGGCUAGGUGAAGCAUCCAAACCAGGCCCAGGGCCACCACAAACAGGUGAUUGGGUCAUUGCAGCAGUCAAUCCCACCGGUCUCUCAGGGAAGGCCAAACAGUUUGGCGAUAUGCCAGGAGGAAUAUAUGCAAUAUCCGAAACUCACUUGUCAGCCCGAGGACAAGCAAGGUUCCGAGAGGAACUGUUCCAUGCAAAAUCUCCCCUCAAACUGUACCCAGGGUACCGAGCCCCCCUGAAGAAGGAUUCGAUUCAGGCUGUGGGGGGUAAGCAUACAGGAGUUGCAUUCCUCACAGAUUUCCCCACGAGACCAAUCACAAGUGGCUGGAAUGAAGAACUGUACCAGACCAGCAGAAUCCACGCUGCGGUGUUCAUGGUCCAAAACACCUGGAUUGCGGGAGGCGUGUGCUAUGGCUAUGCCAAAGAUGCGGAAUCGCCCACAGUUCAGGAGCACACCAAUACUCUUCUUCAAGAAGUUGCCAGGCAGGUGAUGCACGGUUUCAAAGGCCCAGCAUUCAUCGCAGGAGACUUUAACCAGGCUCAAGGGGUGCUCUCGGAAACCAUCAGAUGGGAGCAGCAAGGGUGGAGAGAUGUCCAAACAUGGGCAGCAGAACGAUAUGGCAUCAGCCCAGGAGUGACAUGCCAGUUCACAUCCCGUAAGGAUUUCGUAUACCUAUCCCCUGAGUUGCAAAGACUGAUGUCCAAUUGCUCCAACACCUUUGACCGAUGGCCAGACCAUUCAACCCUCAUGGGGACGUUUGUAAACCCAAGUGCCCCUGAGCCACUCCCCAAAUGGGCUAGACCCGCACCUAUCGACUACAGCCAGCUCGACCCCAAAGCAAUUGCAUCCACGCCUUGCUCCCGAGCACCAGAACGGGAAGACCCAACAGAGCAAUACAAAGCUAUUUGCCAGCGCUUUGAACAACAUGUCCAUGAAUGCCUCAGAGCAAAAGGAAAGAUUGGUCUCCAGCCAAGCCAAAAAGGCAGGGGCCACACGUUGCACCGGACUUUCCAUCGGCAGGUAAUAGCACCGGUCAAACCAGCAAGGCAAGGGGAUUUUCACCCAUCCAUCCACACAUGGUCAUUACUGCACAGCCGUUGGAUUACCCAGUGUCGAAGGCUCCAAAGCUAUGCAAAGCAUGUCGCCAAAGGAAGCCAAUCACCCAAUGCGACCGAGCACAGAGCUGCCUUGUGGAGAGCUAUAAGAAAUGCACUGGGAUUUACCGGAGGGUUUCCCCAAUGGUGGAGCGAACAAGCCAGUGAUCAUCCCAACCUCAUCCCAUGGCUCCCAUUUGGCCCACCUGAUGCCGACACGGCCAAGCAUAUCAGUGACCACUUCUAUGCAAUCCUGAAUGCCAUGGAAACCAGCAUCAUCAAACAGCGAGUCGCCCAAGCCAGACAAUCCAGGAUCGCAGAUACCAACCGAGUGUUCAAGGAUGUGAGAAGACCCAUGCCGGUGCCAGUCAGCAUGUUAGUCGCCAAGGCCUCCACUCAGGUUACAGCGAUCGUAGAUGAGGGAUCAGUCGAGGUGGCAGAUUCCACACCAAUCCAGGAGGCCUCGGUCCUGGAGACUCGGGCAGGGCCGAUGGAGGUGAUACAUAUCGAGGCUAACCAGAUCUGGUUCACAUCUCCGCACUCGCUCGUCCCCGGUGACGAGGUAGCCAUCGUUGAGUUGCAAGGCCGGGUCCAAGAAAUCCACAAUGCAUUCCUCCAGGAAUGGACCAAGCGAUGGGACCGGCACAGGCAUUUGCCGGCCGACCACUGGGAGGAGGUCAUAGGGUUAACCCAAAACCUCCUACAUGCAGAGCCGAUGGAGCUGGCCCCUCUCUCAGUCGAGAAAUGGAAGCGUGCUCUCCAAUCCAAGAAAGCCACCGCAGCGACAGGAUUGGACGCACUGGCACGCAGAGAUCUCCUUGCAUUCCCCCAUGUUCUGCAUGAACAGUUGCUGGACAUCUUCACAGGUGCAGAACGCUCCGGGCGAUGGCCCAAGCAAUUACUUCAAGGAGCAGUGCAUGCAUUGGAGAAAACAGCAAAUGCAGAGAAGGUGUCCCAGUACAGGCCGAUAACGAUAAUGCCAUGCGCAUAUCGUACAUACUCAUCCCUCCGAGCAAAAGAGGUCCUUCAACACUUAGCAAAGGUUCUGCCGCCAACCUUGUUAGGUAACGUCCCUGGCAAACAGGCCAUCGGGUUGUGGUGGACACUUCAGCACCGGAUCGAACAAGCCAUGUAUGCAGGAGAGCCAUUGACAGGAGCGGUAUCAGACUUGUGCAAAGCAUUCAACCACCUGCCGCGCACGGUGACGUUCCAGGCGGCCCUGGCGUUGGGAGUGCACCCGGACAUCGUGAGGGCAUGGGCAUCCUCCACGGUGCUUUUGCAGCGACAUUUCGUGGUGCGUGACUGUCCAUCAGCUCAGGUUACCUCAACCACAGGGUUUGUUGAAGGAUGUGGCAUGAGUGUGGUAGGCAUGGUUCUAAUCAAUGCACUGGUCCAUGCUUACAUGCAAUAUCAGCACCCUUGCACUGUCUUCACCACAUACGUGGACAACUAUGAGCUGCAAGCGGCCACCGUGGAACAAACCACCCAAGCCCUAGCUUCCCUCCAUGGGUUUUGUGAAUUGCUUGAUGUGCAGCUCGAUGUCAACAAGACCUAUCAUUGGGCAUGUGAUGCAACCGGCAGGGCCCACCUGCGUGCCCAACAAGACAUCCCAGUCAAGGCAGCAAGAGACCUUGGAGCUCACAUGCAAUACACAGCCAACCAAACCAAUGGAACAGUCCUAGCAAAGUUUCGCCAAUUACCAGAGCUUUGGCACAAGCUAGCUAGAAGCCAUGCCCCACAAGUUCAGAAACUCAAGGUGCUCAGGGUGGUGGCAUGGCCCAGAACAUUGUACUCAGGAUCCAUUGUACACAUCGGGCCUGCGCAUUUUGAUGAAGCGAGGGCAGGUGCCUUCAAGGCUCUAGGCAUGCAAAAGCGACACAUCACUGAGGACCUCUUGGACCUCACAUUGCACCAAGCCGCAGUCACGCCACCCAGAAAGCGCAAACCAGGCCCGGGAGGUGUGCUCAUCACACGCUUGGAGCAGGUAUGCUGGACAUAUGCCGCCAAUGGCAUCUUCCGAGAUGGAGAAGGAGGCACAUUACACAUCUUGCACACCCCCAGACAGGAGUUGAAAGCCCGUUUGACAAGGGCAUGGCAGCACGCGGUCGGAAGAAGGUGGGAACACAGGAAGGGCUUCAAGGGCCUCAGGUUUGUGUGCACUCAUUUAUCCAAAAUUGACACGACCAAGCACGCGCCGGAUGCAGUAGGGUUCCUUCAAGUUGCACAGACAGGAGCAUUCUACACAGCAGAUUGCCUGAAGCACUCUGGCUUCACAGAUUCAUCCCUUUGCACUCGGUGCUCGGCCGAGGACUCAGUCGAACACAGGCACUGGCAAUGCCCUGCCACGGCGCAAAGUAGAGCACUCAUCCCGGGUCCAGUCCAAGAGAAAAUUGACACUAUGGACCCAUGCUUGCGAGAACAUGGAUGGAUGCCAGAGCCAUGGGAAGUGAGAGAGUUCAAAAUGAGCCUGAAAGACAUCCCAGAUAGAAUGUGCAACUAUGUGCACGCGUGGAAGCAGGCGCAUCUGGACCUCUUCUGUGAUGGCACUGGCCUGGAUCCCAAGCAGCCCCAAACCAGAUUGGUCGCAUGGGCAGUGGUCCUUGCAGGGAUUGACCCUCAAUCCCCACACAUACCCUUGGCGUGGGGAGGAGUGCGAGGCCAAUGGCAGACGGUAAUGAGGGCCGAACUGAUGGCCUUUGUAUCAGCACUUUGUUAUGGUGUGUCCACAGCAGCCACCUUUGCCAUCUGGAGCGACUGCGAAGUCAUUGUGAAGCGUGCCAGGCGCAUCCAGCAGGGAACUUUUGAGGUCACAUCAACAUGCACAGACCAUGACUUGUGGAUGAUUGUACAACAGAUCAUUCCGUCUCCUCAGAUAUGCAGUCUGCAUCACAUCAAGUCGCAUCAAACCUAUGCAGGUGAGGAAGCUUGGCUCCAGUGGGCAUGUUCAGCCAAUGACACAGCGGACCUACAAGCCUCAUGGGCGCUGGAACAAUUGCCAGCUCAUGUGCGCGAUGCCCAACAAAAAGCAUCCAAGGCAGUCACCAUGGCACAGCAGGUAGUCCAGCACGUGCAUGCACACAUGGUUAGAGUGGCUCAACUCUCAGUCGUAGCACCAAGCCCCGUGACCCCCACAGUGUACCGACUUCCAGAUACAAUGAUCCUGGAUUGGAAAGCAGUGGCCGACACCGCCAGGGUGGAAGCUCCUGAAAAUCUAAGGUUUCAAAAAUGGCUGACCAUCUUGCAAUGGAUGGGAGACCUGCAAUGCCCCAAUGCAGCCCCGAGGUGGAUGAGCUGGUUCGAGCUCCUGGUCCCCUAUCAACUACACUCGGGCGAGUGGGGUCCUGAGAGUACUUCAAGCCAUAACACAUGGAGAAUGCACCCGCAGUUGCAGGAGUACAACGGCAAGCAGAUGCUGAGAUCAUGGGCAGCGUAUUUGCUGAACCUCCUCAGGCUCCAUUAUCCCAACUACAAGCCAGUAGACGGGAGACCAUCCAAUCCGAGAUUUCACUGCUGGACUAUGGGCAUCCUGUGCAGAAUCACGGAAGCCUCCGCAGACGCCGUUCGUCUCUGGUUGGACGCCACUUUUGGAAACAGCAGGAUUACAAAAAUGGCAGCGCUGCACCAAUGCGGCCCAGCAGAAGCAGUGCGGCCCGUCCAGAGGGCGCCCAAGGAGCAUGGGCUCCAUAGGUUCUGGCAAAGCCAGAGAUAG